GAUAUGUAUACAUUUACGUACAAAUCUCAUAACAAAUGAUAUAAUUAUUAAAUUUUUCACGCAUAAGAAAAGCGCCAGUAACAAAUCUACAAAAUGUCGGACAUGAUUAUAAAUGAUUCUGUGCCAGUAGAUAAGAAAUGGAAUGAACUUAUUAAAUAUAAUAUAUUUAUAAUGAAACUGGUCGAGUUUGGGCUUUCACUUAUAAUUAUGACUUUACCGGCUUUUCUAACGAAACCAAAGGGCCACAUGUACUGCGUAGCAACAGGCCCCACAUUCGUCAUAUCGCUUCUUCUAGUGAUACUGUAUGUCCGACAAAAAGUACCCAUAUUCAUGGAAAAACUAUACCUAUGCUUUCAAAUAGCAUUCGUAUUUGGUGCAUUUGUCCAAUGCUUUAUUCUAAAUCUUGUAUUGGCAAUCAUUCUCAAUAUAUUACCAUUAUUGGUGGAGUCAGCAGGCUUCUGGCACUGCCUUGCGUCCGGGCCCACCCUUGUGCUGUCCCUAAUAUUCAUAAUCCUCUACCUCGUCGACCAGGUACCAUUUGAAGCUGAAAUGUAUUAUGCUAUCUCACAAAUAGCUUUCAACACUCUGAGCCUUUUUAGUGUUUUUACAAGUGGCAGAUGGGUAUUGAGCAUUUAUGUAAUAUUCUACAUAGACUUAAUUAUAGUUCUUUCAUUUGAUAUUUAUUAUAUGCAUCGGGAAAGAGGGUGGAUUUUGUAAUUAAAUUGUUUCCCUAAAAAGUAGUAUUUUAUUUUGUAAUAUAGAAACAUGGUAGGAAGCUAGCUGUUGAUAAAAUAAGUGACGGCUCCCCGCUAACUGAUAAGCAAGUGGGUGAUAAGACAUGUGUGGUAAUAAGUUUGAUAAACGUAAACAGUACUCGACAUUUGCUAUGUUUUUCAUCAUCAAACUGUGUUUAAAAAUAUACAAAAGACUAUUGCGAAUUACUUUGAAUGAAGUAUUAUGUGCAUCAUUAUUACUGUGUGUUUGUUUUGUAAUUUGGACUUUAAAAGAUUAUAGAAGAUCUAAUAAUUUUGAACAGUCAGAAUAUCCAGUGAUAUUGUGGUGGACUAAAGGAUUUCCUGGCACUUUGGAAACUAAACACUGUGCACAAGGUAUAAGAUGUUCCAUUUACAGCAAUGGAACUGUUCCACAUGGAAAUAAUGUUGAAGCUUAUUUGUUCUAUGGGAGUAACAUUGACUUUAACCAUUUACCCUUACCAAAGAAGUCGGAGCAUACUUGGGGCUUGUACCAUGAAGAAUCCCCGAGGAAUGUAGAGGAGCUAAUGCAUGAACAAAUACUAAGAAUGUUCAAUUACUCCUCUACCUUAAGUAGAUACAGCAAUGUGCCUUUCCCUUUACAACAUCUGGAAUCUAUUGAACAUAUUACUAAUGAAGAAUACUUUGUAACAACUUUUGAAAAGAAUAUUUAUUUGAAUGAGAUAGCUCGUGUUAUGUAUUUACAGAGUGAUUGUGAGACAUCCACUGAGCGAGAUGCCUAUGUGAAAGAACUAAUGAAAUACAUAGAAGUUGAUUCUUACGGAAGUUGUCUGAAUAACAAAAAAUUGCCUUCCAAGUUUGUUGAUGAUUAUUUGAACCAUUUGAGUGACGACGAAUUUUUAAAGUUUAUUUCGAGAUACAAGUUUAUUAUAGCUAUAGAAAACGGGGUGUGUGAAGAUUAUGUCACUGAAAAGUUUUGGAGAGCAAUAAGAGUUGGUACUGUACCUAUUUACUUUGGAUCUCCUUCUAUAAGAGACUGGUUACCUAAUAAAAAAUCGGCGAUUUUACUGGAAGACUUUCCCACACCAAAGCUUUUAAGUGAACAUUUAAACAAGUUGUUAGAAGAUGAUGUAUUGUAUGAGCAAUAUUUAGAACAUAAAAUUUAUCAAAUAAUAACAAAUGAACGGUUGAUAAUUGACUUCAGAAUGAGACCCCAUCAAAUGGAUUCAUUGAAGACUAUUGAAGAAUUUGAAUGUUUCAUUUGCGACAAACUACACAAACGAAGAAAAGGGAUUUAUGAUAAGAGAAUUGUAGACAAGAGACACUACAACUGUCCAAAGCCACUAUCAGCGUUGUCAUUGGAUGUUAAUCCACAGAACGAUUGGGUCUUCUCUUGGGAACUAGCUAAAACGAGAGCAAAUGAAAUAUAUAAAAGGGUCACAAAUACGAACUGAGAUCAACUGAUGAUCAUAUUGACAUUAAGUUUAAAAACCAAUUGAGAUAGAGCAUCA